AUGUCAGACAUGGAAGAUGUUUUGGAUAGGCAAGAGCGAGAAAGGCGAGCAAGAAUGCGCAGAAGAGCUGCAAGCAAAAGGGCGCAGAGAGAACUAGAUGAGCAACUUGUCAUGCAUGAUAUUUGCAAUUAUGAUGACUACUUUGUUCAAAAGAAAAAUUGUGCUGGAGAUUUGGGGCUGCUUCCCAAGCAAAAGUUCACAGCUGUGAUACGAAUGUUUGCGUAUGGGUCAUCUGCUAAUCAGGUGGAUGAGAUUGCCCGGAUGGGGAAGUCCACUAUUUUGGAGAGCUUGGUGCGAUUUUGUGAUGCAGUGGAAAAUCUGUACACCAUGGACUACCUGCGCAGACCUACACCCAGGGACCUGCAACAGCUUCUACAAAAAGCUGAGUCUUGUGGAUUUCCUGGAAUGAUUGGUAGCAUUGACUGCAUGCACUGGCAAUGGAAAAAUUGUCCAUCUGCUUGGCAAGGAGAUUAUGGUAAUCGGAAAGGGCAGAAAAGCAUCAUCCUCGAAGCAGUUGCUGGUUUUGAUACCUGGGUUUGGCACGCCUUCUUUGGAGUUGCCGGCUCUCAAAAUGAUUUGAACAUCCUGGGUCAAUCCCCGGUUUUCAAUGAUAUUUUGAGAGGUGAAUGCCCAAAUAUCACAUAUCAAGUCAAUAAUACCGUGUAUCAGAACGGGUAUUAUCUAGCUGAUGAGGGGUACAGAAAAGAUGUGGAGAGGUGCUUUGGUAUCCUUCAAGCUCGGUGGGCUAUUAUCAGGGGCGCGGCGCGUCUAUUUGACGAGGAGGUGCUCAGAAGUAUAAUGAUGACUUGUAUCAUCCUCCACAACAUGAUUGUGGAAGAUGAGUAUGAUUAUGAUGUUGAUGAAGUGUAUGAGCCAGAUCCCAUGAACACGACCUUAACACGAAUUUAUGAAAAACCUAUGGGGCCAAAUGGAGAACCAGUGCAGCAUGAUCCGUUAGUUAGAGACGGUACUUUCAUGCAUCGUAUGAUUGAGCGCUACACGGAGAUGCAAUCGUCGUAUAUUCAUGAACACCGUCAAGUUGAUUUGAUGGAGCAUUUGUGGGCGGUGAAAGGCAAUGAAGGUCAAUGA